AUGGUGAUAACAGGAUCUUCGGAUGGAAUCGGAAAACAAUAUGCCAUUAACCUAGCCAGCAAAGGUAUGAACGUGUUCCUUAUUUCUCGAACGGAAUCAAAACUGAGAGAAGUUGCCGAAGAAAUACGUUCCAACAGUUCCGCGGAAGUGAAAUGGCUUGCCGUUGAUUUCUCUAAGGAUGCAGAAAUUUACGACACCAUCAGAAAGGCACUGUCGGGACUAGUGAUUGGGAUGUUAGUAAAUAACGUUGGGAUGGCUCAUCAAACUCUACUAGACUUCGAUAGACUGUCGAAAAAAGACCUACAGCAAACUAUUUCCAUCAACGUGACGGCUGCCGUGAUGAUGACUCACAUGAUCCUGCCGGAAAUGAAACGACGGCGCCGUGGAAUGAUUGUCAAUAUGUCAUCCAUGGGUGGACUUUUUGCGAUGCCAUUCAGUUCACUAUAUGGCGCUUCGAAAGCGUUCCUGAUCAGUUUUUCCCAAGCCCUGGGUGACGAACUCCGCGGAACAGGAGUCGAAUGUCAGCUUCUGGUACCACUUUUCCUCCAAACCAAUAUGAGUGAUCACAUGAAGUCGGUCCUAUGGUGGCUUGGGUUCGCAAAUGUGGAAAAAUACACCAAAUUUGCUGUGUUUACUAUCGGGAAAACAAAUUACACGACUGGAUAUUGGGCUCAUGGAAUACAGCUCACUGGGAUGAGUCUUUUAACCCCAGAGAUAAGGAAGAAGAUAUCGUAUUUUCUCAUGAAACUUGUAAGAAACAGGCGCUUUGGAAAAACAUAAUCUGUGAUUUUGAGAACACUCUUAUGGAUGCUAAAUCUCUGCGCUAUAUCGCAUAUGUGCUUUGUAUUAGAUAGGAGAAUAAAUUGAUACUAUUGAUUUGCUUUUACGCAAUCGUUUGUAGCUGUUUAAUCAGGCCUUUAUCGAAGUACGUUUUUCAACUGCCAAGUUAAUCAGAGCUCAAUCAAUUAAAUUACCUUAACCAACCCAUAGUCGAUAGAUAGUUAAAUUCAUGCUCACAUACACUGAUGAGAUUUCGUUAAACACGACCUUACAGUCAGUUGCAGCAGAAGCAGGUGCACUCGUACUCGUGGUUUAGUUAAUUUCUUACACUUCUCUCUGUUUGGACCGUACCAACUCUUUUCACAGGCAAUUUACUCGUACCGUUAAAUAGUACUUUAAUUUUGAAUUCAUUUACC